AUGGAUUUAGAAAGCAUUCAACAAUUACAACAAGAUAUAACCAGAAUCACAGUUUUACAUAAUAAUCAAUUAUUAGAUUCAGGCAAUAAACAACAAGUUACAAUUGUUAGACCAAAAUUUAGAAAUUCUGGUAUCUACGCAAGACCACUUGAUUUAGGUCAACAACUACAAUUACAGCAGUUCCCAUUAACAGAUGAAUAUGGAGUAGUUACAAAUGUAUUAAAAAAUGGUAGUCCAAAUAAUGAAUUUGAAGUCAUUAUUUAUAAUGACGAACAUGCUUCAGGUUAUAAAAUUGAUCAAAAUGAAGAUGGAGAAGGUAUUAGAGAUGCAAAAUCAAAUGAAAAUAACCAAGAAAUGAUUAAUCCUGAAAAAGGUGAAGAAGUCAUGUUAUUAGUAAUUAAUGAAGAAGCAGAAAAAGUUCAAAAAACACUUGAUGACUAUUACAAAAUCCUGAAAUCAUUUAGUGAAGACAACUGUCCUUUUAUCUAUGAAAAAGGUGAGAAUUUUGAAACUAAAUGUAGGGGUCCAGCUUUAAAUGAUGGUGAAAGAUUUGUAACUGAUGAAGACCCAGUAAUCAAUGGUGCAGCUCAAGAUUUAGCAACUGAAGAUAAUAUCAAUGAUAAUAAAGAAUUAAUUAAAGGUGCAGCUCAAGAUUUAUUUAGUGAAGAUAAUAUUAUUAAUAGCAACUCAUUGAAUAAUGAUGCAACUCAAGAUUUACAUAUUGAAAAUAAUAUUAUUAAUGAUGAUUCAUCAGAUGAUGAUGCAGCUCAAGAUCUUCAAACUGAACUAGAUGCUAAUAAUGAUAAUCCAUUAAAUAAUGAUGCAGCUCAAGAGUUACAAAUUGAACUUAGUACUAUUAGUAAUUCUUUAUCAAAUAAUGAUGAAGCUCAAAUUGUACAAUCUGAAAAUAAUAUUAUUAAUAAUAAUUCAUUGGAUAAUGAUGCAGCUCAAGAUUUACAAGUUGAAAAUAGUAUUAGUAAUGAUAAUGCUGGUGAAGUUGAAGAUGAAGAAGUACUAAAUUAUUAUGAGAUGAGUAUUCAUAAUUCAGAUAUAAUAGAUUAUUCAGAUUUUAAAGAUAAAGAAGCUGUUAAUCGAGUACAAAUUGAAGAUAAUGACAAUCGUGAUGGAAUCGCAAAUGGCAUUUUAGCAGAUGAAGCUGAUACAUAUGGGAAAAAUUUCAAUAAUGCCAAUGAAUAUAUAUUAGAUGAUAUUAGAUUUAGGUCAGAUUUGAAAGAUACAACAGAUGCUGCACCAAUUGGAGAAGAAACUUCUUAUAAAUAUAGAGACGAUGAUCAACAUAGUAUUAGGGAGUACAGUACAGUCAUUGUGAAAAAGAUUAAAAAGAGGUUCAAUCCAAGUGAUUUAGCAGGAUUAUUUGAUGAUGACAACAAUACAGGAACUACAAAUGUAGAAGAUAAUGAGGGUGCUCAGGAUUUACAAAUUGUAAAUAAUAUUAAUAAUAAUAAUUCAUUAAAUAAUGAUGCUCAAGAUUUACAAGUUGAAAACAGUAUUGAUGAUUAUCAUUCAUUGGAUAAUGAUGCAGCUCAAGAUUUACAAUCUGAAGUCAAUACUGAUAGUAAUAAUUCAUUAAAUAAUGAUGCAACUCAUAUUGUACAAUCUGAAAAUUAUAUUAAUUAUGAUUAUUUGCUGGAUAAUGAUGCAUCUCAAGAUUCACAAAUUGAAGUCAAUACUAAUAGUAACAAUUCUUUAAAUAAUGAUGCAGCUCAAGAGUUACAAAUUGAACUUAGUACUAUUAGUAAUUCUUUAUCAAAUAAUGAUGAAGCUCAAAUUGUACAAUCUGAAAAUAAUAUUAUUAAUAAUAAUUCAUUGGAUAUUGAUGCAGCUCAAGAUUUACAAGUUGAAAAUAGUAUUAGUAAUGAUAAUGCUGGUGAAGUUGAAGAUGAAGAAGUACUAAAUUAUUAUGAGAUGAGUAUUCAUAAUUCAGAUAUAAUAGAUUAUUCAGAUUUUAAAGAUAAAGAAGCUGUUAAACAAGUACAAAUUGAAGAUAAUGACAAUCGUGAUAGAAUCGCAAAUGGCAUUUUAGCAGAUGAAGCUAAUACAUACUGGAAAAAUUUCAAUAAUGCCAAUGAAUAUAUAUUAGAUGAUAUUAGAUUUAGAUCAGAUUCGAAUGACGCAACAGAUGCUGCACCAGUUGGAGAAGAAACUUUUUAUAAAAAUCGAGACGAUGAUCAACAUAGUGUUAGGGACUACAGUACAGUCAUUGUGAAAAAAUCUAAAAAGAGGUUCAAUCCAAGUGAUUUAGUAGGAUUAUUUGAUGAUGACAACAAUACAAGAGCUACGAAUACGGAAGAUAAUGAAAGUGCUGUAUAUAAUGAAAGUGUUGUAUAUCAUGAAAGUGCACUUGAUCUUGAAAGUAUUCCAAUAACAAGUUACGAUGAAAAGUUGAUUGAAGAUACUAAUGAACAACUUAUGCUUUUCAAAUUUUUGAGAAUCUAA